CUAUGACCAAUCUAUCCUACUUCUUGUCCUUAUUCCCACCCGACUUUACCCUACUGGCCAACGGUUAGAUUUUCAACAUGACGUCCCUCGUCGGCGAAGGCAGUCACAGUCUUUUACCUACCUCUCUACGUUUUCGGUUUUAUAUAUUUCCUAUACGAGCCUAUUACCUAGGGUUCUGACCCGGCGCCUGCUAUCGAAAGCCGACGGUGAGGUGAACAGCGGGUGGAAGGCGCGCGCGACCGUACCUUCUCCACGCCACCACUCCGCUCACCCGUCGUCAUCAAUUCUUCAAACUACCUAGCUACUUGCUUCCCCAGCGGGAGCUCUCCCAGAUACCGUCUUCUGUCUAUUACACUGCACCGCCCAACAUGCCGUCAAGCUCGAUGCGGCGAGAGAGCACGUCCCGCCCGAGCAGCGCGGCACGUCCAGACAUGUCUACACCUGUCUCGGAUCCUGCGGGCCCACUCUGGCAAUACCAGGUCCAAAAGAGAGAGAACGGAUAUCUGCUGGAGCGGAUGAAGAACCUAGAAGCGCAGGUUCUUAUCUACGACGAGCGAAUGCGUAAGGCCGAGGACGUAGCCGAAGCCUGCAGUACAAUCAUGCACGACUUCGACCACCUGAGAAAGGAGGUGGAGAAGGACCCGGAAAACGAAGAGUUCAGAAAGGUUGCUGGUGCGAGGUUCGCUUCAAUCGCGCGGGAUAUUGAGAGCUUCAAGAAUACGCAAGCUCGUGUGUCCAGGUUGGCCAUGGACAGUCAUGACCAGAACGACGCUGUCAACAUUAUUCAAAAGAGGACUACGGCUCUCGAGUCAGCUGUUCAAAACCUGGAGCGCCGGCCUCAAGUCAACAAUUAUCUGAGCGAGGUGAAGGCGCUUUCUAAACGGAUCGAAGCCAUUGAGGCCCAACGGAAGAGAGAAACCCGGAGCGUACAAGCCAGUAUUAGUAUGCUCGAGAGCACCUGCCGGAAUCAAGCUACGGAGAAUAAACGUCUGCAAGCAGAAGUGGCACGGUUGAGCGGCGAGCUUGCAGCACAGAAAGUGCAAGCCUCCAAUACGUCCGUGGUACAGGUGCCGCGCAGCCCACUCGCACAGAACGAGAACAGGAGUUCAUCUACUGCUCGAGGUUCUUCACCCCUUCGAGCGCCACAGAGGAAGGAUGUCAGACAAGCUCCGCCGGUCCGCCGGUCGCAACACGAGGCGCAGAUACCUCAGACUCACGUGCAGAUACAGAGCACGACCCAAUCGACUACGCAGACAGAGAAAGAGGCGGAGUGCAGCCCGGAUUUGGACCUCGUCACCGAUAUUCCAGUCCGCCCUCAAGGGCCUCGCUAUGUAGCACACCAAAGCAAAAGGCAGAAAAUCUCCAACCACGUCCCGGCCACGCGAAGUCAAGCAAAAGUGGAAUUCGCCGAAGCCGCAAUGAAGGCUACACCUAGACCAAGCAAAAUCGUCACGCUCAAGUUGCCGCGGAAGGACUCCACUGGCGAAUCCAUGCGCCCCAUCUAUCCAAAGCCGGGCAGGUCCGCCCCAAUACAAGCAGCAAGGCGCCCAGAUGGGGGUGCUAAGCGCGACAUUAUUAGAAGGCAGGGAGGAGCUCCAGCACGAUCAAGCCUCAGGAAACCAGUGUCGAAGCCAUCCCGUUUGACCGAAGAGAUUCACAACGCUCCCGCCUCUGACGUCUCUGUUCCCAGUCAGCCUAGCCGUUUUCUACGUCCGAGUCCACGCAAGCUAGGCUUGCCCUCUGACUUCUCAAAUGGAUUUCAUAUAGAGCUGGGCCCCGAUGGGGCGACGGCACGCCCUCAGUCAUCCUACGGCAAGCCCGCUUCGAAAAAGCUUGCUUCAAAACAGCCGUCUGCAACUGCUAUGAAUGGACCAGCCUCAAGGCGACCAGGGGUUGGCCCCUCGCGCCCCGCAGCGGCGCCAGUGAAACGCCGGCCACCACCCGCAUUCGAGACCUACGGCGACUACUUGCGGUCGGCACAGAGAUAAAAUGACACUUCAAAUCGAGACUCAGUGCGGUGAACGGGUCAGUGUUU